CCGAAAUUUCUCGUGCUUAGCACUCGGUACUAUCUUUAAUGGGCCACAGUAGGUAUUCAGGCUUGACUAUAAUCAUACGCAAGACACGAUCGAAAUACGUCUUUCCCUAACUUACCCCGGGGAUCACGGACAUCUUCUAAAUUACGAGUGCAUUUCUGCUCAGGCUUGGAUAGGAUGAUUGCAAGGUAGCCUGCCGUUUCUCCAGUCCACCUCCAGUUCCCUAACACAACGUCACCUCUACGGGAAUGUUGCAAAACGUUUGCUUCACGACAGUCCAAGACAUGGGCAACGUCGUGGAGCUUGCAUGACGUGCAAAGGGAAGCACUUCAGCCCGGAGCUAUCAUAUGGUGGCGACAAGGGUGCGCACAAGUUGCAUUGCUCCAAGGAGGAUAUAAAAAUGGCAGAAGAUACACCUGAAACAGCCUCUAUACAGCUGGCUUCUCCGGAGGAUGACGACACCUGUCGCAGCGAAACACGGCGACACCUGUCGGUGCUGGCCGUCAGUUGCACGGAUGCCAUGGAAUCUGCGGACGCUGGUAGGGGUAGCGACAUUGAUUCCUAUCCUGACGGGGACAGUACAAGAAGGACCCUUGACCAGGUCACGUGCGCAUGUACGUGUACCGGCACCCCAGACAAGGAGGUCCCGGAAGGCACAACGUCUACCGGCUUGGAGCGGGAUGUUUCCACCCGUUCCGGCAAGGUGUGCGACCUGAUUGUCGACAUGGCUGCUGCGAGCGCAGCCGUGAGCGCUGCGCUGACGGGCAUUCCUGUGGGACCUCCACGAAGAAGUGGCGGCAACGAGGUUACAUCAGGUCACAUGCCGCGGCAGGGCGAGCUGACUACGCCACAAUCCAUGUCAGGCCGACGCACUAAUUCCCAGCCCUCCGGUCCAGCACACGGCAUUUCUGCGCUGCUUCAAAGCUCCCAUCAAUCAUCCGCCUCACCUCAUCAAUACCAGCAGCAGCGCUAUAUGUGGGCGCACUCUCAGCCACAUCCACAGUUCUCCAUGCCCCGCGCCAUGGAUCCUCGCCGCCAAAGCAGCAGCACCGGCGUACGUGCACAUCCCAACGGCUUUCCCAGGGUAGUCGAAGAACAAACUGAAGAAGGCUGCUUCGGCCUGCCAGCCAUGUCGUAUCCUUACGGCUCCUUUCUUGACCGCGUUGGCGACCUUCCUUCCAACAGCAUCGUCUACAAGCAGGCCAUGGUGGGCUGCCUGGGCCUGAGCAGCGUUGACGCACUCCCAGCCCAGGCGCCCUCAACCAAGCUCUGCAGCGCUCCUGCUUACUACGAAUCGCCCUUCAGCGCCGCCAGCGUCCUAGGGCAGCCCUACCUGCUGCAACAGCAGCAGCAACAGCAGCAACAAGAGCUGCUUCGGCACUACAGUGGAGCCAGCGGCUUCCUGGACCACCAGCCCCUGCAACCCCCCCGGAUCCCGUCGCUGGGGUUGCAGCACCCCUCCGCCAGGCCCAUCUCCGAGCCGCAGCACUUCCCACAGCACCGGCCUUCAGCCCUGCCCACCCGCGUGCUGGGCCUAUCCCAAUCCUACACCAAUCGCCCCUCGCAUCUAGACACGCUGCCCGUGUUGGGAAUGGGCAACGCACCAGUACCCCAGAACGCGCUUGCGGCUGCCGUGGCGGCGGCGACGCAGCAGCACCAACAGGCGUAUCUCUUGGGGCAAGCAGCAGCAGCAGCUGUCGCCAACCCCGUAUCCGCUGGCGCUGCACAACCCCUGGCCUCCCAGCCCCGGGCCCACAUGCAACCCUCCGCCCACUCGCCGACUCUGGCCUCGCUGCAGGGCGCGCUUGGGCUGGGCGGUGCGGCACAGGCGGCUACCGGCCAGCCCUUCCUGGCUCUGUCUGCGUCAACUGGGACGGCGAUGCAGGCGCAGGGGCAGCUGCCUAUGCAGCUGCCGGCAUUCCAAGGGGCAGACUUUGGUGUGGCCCGGUCCGUUGCUCCGCAGGCUCCUGCCUGGCCGGGCAUGCAGUCAGGGGCGUCGCUGGCACUGCAGGAGUCUCAGAUCCGCCAGCAGCAAGAUGCGGCAAUGCGCGGCAGCUCGGCGUCGCAGCUGGCGUCGCCCCCGCAGGCUGUUGCAGCCGCGGUGCAGCAGCAGCUUCGCUUACUGGGUGCAGCGGGGCUGGGGCAGCAGCAGGAGCAGCAGUUGUUGCAGGGGCCUCCGGCGGCAGUUGCGCAAAAGGAUACGUCGACAGGCAUAAGCGGCGGUGGUAGCCUGCCAUCAAAGCAAGGAAGGCCCGCCUCCACGGCCAACCAUACCCGCGUGGAGGCUCCUGUAACCCUCUCCUCAGCGCCCGCCGCCCAGGCAGAGCCUACCGCUCCCGCCCCCGCCCAAGAAACCCAUGUCGGCAUGUUGUCUCGCUUCCAGGAGGCCCUGUCAGCUGCUCGGGCGGAGGCUAAGCAGCAGCAGCAGGGCUCCGAGCCGCCCUCCGCCAGCCCGCAACGGCUGCAGCGGGAGCAGGAGCUGCUGAGGAGGAUUGCGGAUGCGCUCCUGGAGUCCAACACCAGCAGCAGCGGCAGCAGCGGCGGCGACGGAAGUGAUGCUAACGACGCGUCCGAUGCCGGCGCGUUGCUGGUGUUGGUACAGCAGCAGCAGCUGGCCAGCAGCCAGGCGGGGAUGUCGGAGGUACUCAAGAGUGGGCUGCUGGUGCUGGCGCGAGCCGCGGCGCUCAUGUACGGACCGCCGGUUGCCGCCGGCAGCGCCCCGGCGCGGCGGCAGGAGCGCUACGAUGCCGCUUGCCGGCUGCUGCAUUCCCUGGCGGUGCUUGCAGCGGACGACUCCUUCCUGACCGAGCUGAACACUGUCCUGCCAAAGACGGCGCCGGGCUCGGCUGCUGCAGCAGCGCCUGCGGGCGAGGAAGAGGAGCAGGAGGAGGAGCAGCCGCUGGCCAACAAGGUGGGACCCGCUGCUGAGGCUGGGGGUGCGGUCAUGGCAGCCGCCGGAGCUGCGUCGCCCCCGACGCCGUCGGCCAUGGCGGCGGCGCUGGCGCAGGUGCGUGCGGAGGCGUCGCGGGCGGCUCUGGACGAGCGCGAGCAGGCGGCACGGCAGCUGCUGGCUGCACUCAAGAGUUCUGCUAACGCUGUUGGGGGCACAUGCUUGGCGGCUGGCGGCGGUGGGUCCUCGACCAUGUCAUCCUCCACCACCGCGGUCUGCUUUGAUGACGCGAGCAGCUGCGGCGGCUCUAUGUCGGGAUCCAUAUCGGGUACAGUCACUGAGGGGCUGGUCAGUCGCAGCAGCGGCUGUGGCGUCGUCGGCAGCGGGGCUGCGUCUGUCAAGGACGGUGGGGUGGUCAGCGGUUCCAGCCAACGUAACACCGCGAUGGGUGGGAAGCAAAUGCCAGACGGCAUGUCUCCUUCAGCACUGGCAGCAGCACAGGCUGCCAACGUCGACCCGUCUGCGAACAAGUCGGCUCAGCUGUUGAACCGCAGCUACUCCGCUCCCGCACGCCGCAACGAGCGUCAGCAACGCCAGCACCAACAACAGCUGCUGCAGCAGCAGCAGAAGCAGCAGCACCACUCCCCGUUCGACCAAGCGACCUUGAACCCGCUACUCGCCGCAUUCCAGUCCUCUGGCGGCAUCCCACGAGCAGAAGACCCGCGCAUGCUCCUGGCCUCUGCCAACAGCAGCCUGGCGGGCAGGAGCGGUGCUGCUGAUGCGUCAAACCAUGCGCCUGCAUCCCAUCUGGGCGGUCUGGAUGCGGCGACGCUGGCGCAGCUGCUGGCGGUCGAGGACGCGGAGCAGCUGUUGGGUGCGGCCGCCGCAGCCGCCGCCAUGGGCGCAUACGAGUCCGAUGGCCUGAGCUCCGAAGCCACCCUGGCCUCCCUGCUCGAGUCCUUCUCCCAACUGUCGCCGAUGGUGGACGGUAGCAGCCUUGAGGUAUCGCCAAGCUUUGGUGCGCCGCUGGUUUCGCCGCCACUGGUUUCGCCGCCACUGGCUUCGCCUGCUGCCAAUCCCCUGGCGCUGCAGAGCGGUGCCGAAUAUGUGGGCUCCCUGUUGACCACCGCGAAUGGCAGCAGCAACGGCGGCGGUAACAGGGGGCGCGCAUCUACGGCGGCAGCAGCAGCUAACAGCGGUUUGACGUUUGCUCAGCUCGCUGCGCCUCCGCAUGUUGUGGUGGCGGCAGGAGCCGUGCCUCCUCCUGCCGGAGUCGCGUCGCAGUGGGGCCUGCCGGCCACCCAAGGCGGCCCCGGAAAGCGCUUCCCGCAGCACCAGCAGCAGCUAACGCAACAGCUUCAGCUGCAGUUCCAACAACCGCAGGGCCGUGCUGCACUCGCGCCAAUCGCCCCAGCGCCCGGUGGGGCGCCACACAACCGGAUGGGGGCUGGUUCGGCGGGUGCGCAGCAGCAGGGCAUGGAGCCCUCCACGUUCCUGCUGCGUCAGGAGCAGCGGCAGCUGCAGAAGCAGAUGCUGCUCCUGCAGCAGAAUGGCGGCGGGGGCUUCGCGGGCCCGAGUGUUGUGUUUGCCGGGGCCAGCCCAGGUGCGUACCCGCUGGCAGGGGACGCUCUCAAUGGUUCGCUUGACCCGCUACAGUGGGACCCCGCCACCCUGCAAGCGGCGUUGCAGCUGCUGCAGGCGCCCGGACAACAGCUCGGCUGAUGUGGGAUGGUCACAUUGGGUCACAUGCAUGUCACGUCACUUCGUACUUGCUCCCCUCGUAUGAUCACGGAAUCCUUUCAACGUCGAUGCACAUCAAAUAAGUUAUUGGCGCUCCUGUUUAGCAUGGUGUGUGUAUUACGAGGGGUACUUGGCUUCGUAGUAUGUUGGUGAUGAGAGGGUGGUGGGUAAUGCUGUUCGGUCAUUGCGGCGGGGCUCCGCACCGCCGGUAUUGUUAUAUUGUUGUUGCGUACUUGGGCAUUGCAAUUGAUGUUGGCAUGUAGGGUCCGUUGCGGAGAUAGGGCCGCUGGGGCUUCGAAGGCGCAAUUGCUUCUCUGACGGAUAGGCUGGAUACUGAUGGAGUUUGAAAGUACAACUUCGUUUGCCAUGCAAUCGCCUGGGCGGUGCAUCAUAUUACAAUGCCAUGUGCGCCUCUGGGCUAAGGAAGAGUUGUUCGGUGGUUGCUCCUUGCCAUGUAUGUUUGGCGCUUUCUGCGUCGAUUUGAUCCUUUCCGUGAACUGUUUUGCAGGUCUGGUCCUUGGGAUUUCUCGUUUUGAGAACUUCUGCUGUUGUUAAUGACAACACCGCUCAAGAUGCGGUUGUGCAAUGGUGCAGCUGGGUGGGUGACAAAGAAUAACUAAAGUUUAACAAUGACAGCUUCCGGUGGCACGGCGAUGAUGUGCCCCGUGAACAAGCCUUCAUGACUCACUUUGGGUAUGUGUUUUAUAUGCUCAAGUAACACCGCGCCGUACGUGAUCAUCCUCCGACUUGCGUUUCACUGGUUGUUUCCGGUGAUAAUCCAUCUACUACUUUUGGGGAAGGAAGGGCCUUAAUUGCGCCUAUGUGCUGUUGCGGGUAAAUGUGAUGCUAAGUAGCAAGCAGUUAUGUAGCUUUGCCUAAAAGGUUGGUUACAACGUACAAGAAGGUUGGGUUGUGGUGUUGUGUUGUGUGGGUUCGCUGUCGGGUUCACAGCCCCCCUGUCAUCGCUGUCGCGCUCACGGUGCGUUUACCUCCUGCCGUACUGCGGUGGGAAAGGCCACCAGGGCCCCUCAUUCCCCUCCUCUCGCUGUUGCCUAGCCCUAACUUGCAGUUUCAUUCGGUUCGGUUUGUCUCUGUUCCUCCCAUGGUCCCUCCGACAAUUCAACACGUCAUGCUUCUUAACGCGCAUUACCACCGGAUCCCUGUGUGCUCGUUUUGUUAGGAAUGUACCGGUGCUCGGGUUCCGCAUGGUCCCUUUGAAGCAGCCAUACGGGACAGCGUUGUCGCUAUGUGUGAUGUUGUUUGUUGUGUGAUUACCGUAUGCGUUGUGCCGUACAUCUAAAUGGUUGAUGACAAUGAUGAUUACGAUGAUGAUGGUGCAGGUGUUGAAUGCGCUGAGAAGUUGAUGCUGUGCUGGCGUGUAUGUUGAUGUUGUCAAAAGUGUUUUGUCCUAAGCAAAGUGAUAACCCUAUGUGUGAAUGCGCGCCCCUUAACCUACGCUAUCACCUUUGGUGAUAAUUUCCCGCAAACACCCUUCCUUACCGUGCCUCCUAGUGGUUGCAGACAUCUGGCUGGUUUAAGUUUUGCUGACCUUUUGUCCUUUUGUUUUGUUGUUAAUGAUGAUAUAAGUGGGGUAAUGUUGAAG